AUGCCAGACACCUAUCUGCCUUCACUUAAUCACGCAGCCUCACAUGUAGCUCACGACGCCGUACAAGCUGCAUCGAACUGGGUAUCCGGCUCAUCCUCCACCGACUUGACGAACUCGGCCGCAGUCGGGGCCCAAGACGAUUUCGACGCUUUACAAUAUGUUGAUCCUCUCAUCGGCUCUAGGAAUGGUGGCAAUGUCUUCGUGGGUGCGACACUACCCUAUGGCAUGGCAAAGGCAUCUGCGGAUACCAACAGCAGCUCGAAUCAAGGCGGCUUUACUCUGGAUGGGAACCCAGUCACCGGAUUCUCGACAAUGCAUGAUUCCGGUACUGGCGGACAGCCCUCUCUGGGAAACUUCCCAUUAUUUGCAUACACAACCUGCCCCAGCGGAGUCAUCAACUGGUGCACAUUUCCGAAAAAGUCGAGGGCGAAGUAUGGCUACUUCAACCAAAAAGACGUAAUCGCAAAGCCGGGACUCUUCAACAUCACCCUGAAAACCGGCAUCCGGGUGGAAAUGACGACAACCGAGCGAGCAUCUCUCAUAAGGUUCAACUUCCCCCAGGCAGGACAGCCUCUCAUCCUGCAAGACCUCUCAGAUCUCGGCGACACGAGACAAGACAACGCAACGAUCAAUGUGGACGCCAAAUCAGGACGCAUCACAGGCAACGCGCGCUUCCAGCCGAGCUUCGGCAGCGGUACCUUUGUCCUGCACUUUUGCACCGACUUCAAUGGCGCUGAGAUCCUCGAUACGGGCAUCUUUGCAGACAGCCGCGCGAGCACAGAGGUCAAGAACAUGACUAUCUCGCGGUCUAUCAACGGAUAUCCCUUGCCCGGCGGCGCCUUUGUGCGGUUCAAGUCUGCGGACCAGCCCAUUACCGCGCGUGUCGCGACUAGUUUCAUCAGCGAGGAAAGGGCGUGUGAACAUGCUGAGGGUGAGAUUUCGGAUUACAACUUUGAGAGGGUGUCGGGCGAAGCGACAGCAAUUUGGCGCCGUAAGCUCAGUCCCAUCAAGAUCAACACCGAUCGUGUGGAUGAGUCUUUCGCGCGGAACUUUUACAGCGGCAUCUAUCGAACUAUGGUCAACCCCCAAAAUUACACUGGCGAGAACCCCCUCUGGAAAAGCGAUGAGCCGUACUGGGAUUCAUUCUACUGUUUGUGGGACUCGUUCCGCUCCCAGAUUCCGUUCCUGGUGAUUAUCGAUCCAACUUCGGUUGCGCAAAUGGUCAGGUCUCUCAUCGAUACGUACGUUCACCUCGGCUGGCUUCCGGACUGCCGCAUGAGUUUGUGCAAGGGGCUCACCCAGGGAGGAUCAAACGCGGACAACGUUCUGGCGGACGCUUAUUUGAAGAAUAUCACCGAGGGAAUUGACUGGGAUCUGGGCUAUGAAGCGGUGAAGAAGGACGCGGAUGAAGAACCGUUCGACUGGAGCGUCAACGGUCGUGGUGGAAUGGACAGCUGGAAGAAGCUGGGCUACAUUCCCGUUCAGGACUUCGAUGUCAAAGGCUUCGGAACUUUGACUCGUAGCGUCUCACGAACGCUGGAGUACAGCUACAACGACUUUUGCAUCGCAUCCAUGGCGGACCGCAUGGGGCAUGGGGAUGACAGAGAAAAGUAUCUCUCGUCAAGCAGUAACUGGCGUAACCUGUACAGGCAGGAUCAGAAGUCGGCCUUCUUCAACGGCACCGACACCGGCUUCAGAGGAUUCUUUGAGCCCAAAUUCCUCAACCAAACUUGGGCCUAUCAGAACCCCCUGAACUGCAGUAAUCUUGAUGGGCAGAGCUCGUGUUCGUUGCAGAACAACGGCCCAGAAACAUUUGAGAGCAGUCUUUGGGAGUAUGGCUUCUUUGUUCCUCACGACCAAGGAACGCUCAUCAACACCCUUGGUGGCCCGGACGCCUUCGUUCGCAGGCUCAACUUCUUGCAUGACCAAAACAUCACCUACAUUGGCAACGAACCAGCUUUCCUUACAGUCUUCCAAUACCAUUAUGCCGGUCGUCCAGCUCUAUCCGCAAGACGAGCUCAUUUCUACAUCCCUUCAUUCUUUUCACCUGAUCCAGCCGGCCUUCCCGGUAACGACGAUAGUGGUGCCAUGGGAUCUUUCCUUGCCUUCUCUAUGAUGGGUCUGUUUCCCAAUCCCGGGCAAGAUGUCUACUUGAUCAUCCCACCCUUCUUCGAGAGCAUCGAAAUCACGCACCCGCAAACAGGGAGAACAGCGAAGGUCCGCAACAUCAACUUUGACCCACAGUACAGAAACAUCUACAUCCAAAAGGCGACGCUUAACGGACAGCCUUACAGAAAAAGCUGGGUUGAUCACAAGUUCUUCACCGAGGGUCAGGAGCUGGUACUUACUCUUGGCCGGCGUGAGAGUGACUGGGGAACGAGGGUCCAGGAUCUCCCACCAAGUUUGGGCCCGUACCUGGGGUUCAACCGAACGUUCCCCUCCAAUCGUACCAGCACGAGAAUUGUAGAUACGGGGGUUGUAGAUACGACAUACAAGAGCGAGUUCGGGCAUACGGGGGCGGACUUGAAUGUGUAG